ACAAAAUUUUUGGGACACCCUGUAUAUACAAAAUAUUGUAAUGUCCAUCAGGUUGAGACUCGACCGAUGAAUUUAAACUCAUCCUAUCGAAGAUAUUCCGAAGAAUACUACCAUCAAACGAAACAACGAGAGAAUAUUUCUAUCCAUUAAAAAAUUACAAAUAAUUAAAUUCAAAUAAUUACGUAAGUAGAAAUUUCUACUCUUAAAAAUAUCGAUCCUCUCUCAAUUGAACCAUACAAUUAAUUCUCGAUUGUUAUUACAAGUCGACCAUCCCUCAGCGUAGAGACUUCCCGGAUCUAUUCUUCGUCGUAACGAAACCGAGCAACCAACACCCCCUGAAAAAAAGGAAAAAAAAAACAAAAAGCAUGGCGUCGUAUGAACGGUGGUCAACGACCAUCAACGACCAAGGGAACGAUCAAAUCCCACGGAGCGCGCCGCAUUAUCACAGGUCAGUACGCCUCUGGUCAUCCCUCCUAUAGUUCUGUCCCUCUAAUAAGUCUCAUUCCAGGGUACGCGCACCGAGAGAAUAAUUAUGGUCUUGCGCAGAUCGGCGAAACGGGGUCGGUGGGGGACGGUAAGGAGAAAUAAAGCUCAGAGCCCCAGCCGGUGAAUGCCAGUGAACACCAGCGUACGCGGCCACGGAUACCGAAUUUCCACCCCUGCUCGUUUCGCUCCCCUCGCAGAAAUUCUGGGGGCGACCCCUAAGAGGCGCGAGUCUCUGUCGUCUCCCUCUCUAACGAGCGCCUCCGACGCUCGCCUCUCCGCGGUCCGGUGAACGGGAACGAGUGAUAUCGUCCAACACCGCGGUAUCAUCCGCCUUUACUCGUCUCACGCUUUCCAGGACACGCUGGAACAUCGGCAGUCGCUCGUCACGUUUCCCUGGAUGCCGAGGCAUGCGCCCUAAAAACUCCAGGAUUGAUGUAUUGCAGAGCGCAGAUCUGCAUUUAUUACUUGCUGUGGACAGCAACGCUGAGCCCAAGACUUACGCUACAACAGGAAACCACUACUACCAAAAUUUGGGACUGCCCUACGAAAUGCAUUUGCCUUUCCCCGAAGCAGGUUCUCUGCAACACAGGGGGCCUGGAAGACAUCCCUACGCAGCACCUGCCCCAGACAGUGGAGGAGCUCUCCCUGACGAAGAACAGUUUCCCGAUAAUAAAAAGCGACGCGUUCUUUGGACUGAAGUCCCUGAGGAAGUUGACGAUGGAUGGUAACAACAUCUCCACCAUACGUCCGUUCGCGUUCCGCGGUCUGAGCAAGCUGCGCGAGCUCUCAAUUCAACACACGCCCCUGCCCUUCAUCGAGCAGUUCUCGUUCGCUGCUCUGCAGAACGUGUCUGUGUUGUUGCUGGCGAACAACAAGAUCCGUUACAUAGAGGGCUACUCGUUCGCUGGCACGUCGAACAUACGAGUGAUCCUGCUGAGCAACAACCCGUUGCUCCGAAUCCAGAGUCACGCGUUCUCUGGCUUGACGAACGUGGUCCGUUUGAUCUUCCCAUCCGGCAUCAGGACCAUCGAGCCGGACGCGUUCGACGGCCUGCAGCACGUUGGACUCCUAAAACUGACCUACAUGGACCUCUCUUCGCUCCAGUCCUUCACCUUCCGCGGCCUGUCGUACGUCCACUCUCUGAACAUUCAGGAGAGCGACCUGGGCAUCGUCGAGAAGAACGCCUUCGACGGGCUGGACCACGUGGACCGACUGAACAUAUUGAACAACAAGAUCGACCUCAUCGAGAGACUAUUCCUCAAGCACGAGAACAGCAUCGAAUUGUUGAGAUUUCACGGGAAUCACGUGCUAGAGGCCCCUCGCCACGCCAGAGACAUCCACUUGGAGGUCGGUUCCGUCAGCGUUGUCGACAAUCACUUCCCUUGCGAUUGUCAGGCUCACAACGUGCUCGAAAGCGACUUUGUUAAUGGCACGGUCACCGAGUUCCAGAAGAUGAACUACUGUAUCUCGCCCAUCGAGUACAACGGGAAACCCAUGAACCUGGUGGACUUCGACUUGAUCGCCAGGUGCCACGACAACGUCGUCCAGGACAACUUGGGCUCGGGAGUUGUGGGGAUAUUUUCACUGCCAACGACUCUCUUUCUUGUUCUUUUGUUCUCGAUGAACUUGUUUCAUUGAGUCGAGCUCAAGCUC